CACAGUGCAGACAGGAGUUGUAAACAUGGCGACGGACGGGAUGGUGCUCACCAACCACGACCAUCAGACUCGAGUGGGGAUCCUAACAGUCAGUGAUAGCUGUUUCAAGAACUUGGCUGAGGACCGGAGUGGGGUCAACCUGAAGGAUCUAGUCCAUGACCCGUCACUGCUCGGUGGAGUCAUCUCGGCUUACAAGAUCGUUCCAGAUGAGAUUGAUGAAAUCAAGGAAACCCUUCUGGAGUGGUGUGAUGAGCAGGAACUGAAUCUUAUUCUUACCACUGGAGGAACUGGAUUUGCACCCCGAGAUGUUACACCUGAGGCCACCAGAGAAGUCAUCGAGAGAGAGGCACCUGGAAUGGCUCUGGCCAUGCUGAUGGGAUCCCUCAAUGUGACGCCUCUGGGCAUGCUGUCCAGGCCUGUGUGUGGAAUCCGUGGUAAAACUCUUAUCAUCAACUUGCCCGGCAGCAAGAAAGGAUCGCAGGAGUGUUUCCAGUUCAUCCUCCCUGCUCUGCCUCAUGCCAUCGACCUGCUGCGCGAUGCCACGGUCAGGAUCAAGUCCACGCAUGCUGCUCUGGAGCAGCUGCCCUCCCCGUUGGUGACCAACAACACCUACGCCAACAUGCACACCAUGGAGCGUGGCACCCAGUGUGAGGAGGAAGACGAUGAGGAGGAGUUAGAGGUGGAGAGGAGGAGAGGCCGCCAUGCUCACAACCACCAUCACCACCAUCACCACCAGCAUGGCUCCUCCCACAUCACCGCGGCGGCCAUUGCUGCAAAGACGAGCCAUGCUGUGGUCAUGGCCAAGGGAGCUCCCUACCUGCCUGGCAACACACCUGCCCCUCCCUCCCAUUUCACCUGCUCCUGUACACAUGAGCCGCAGAUCCCGGACUCAAUCAUUUCUCGGGGCGUUCAGGUGCUUCCUCGGGAUUCUGCGUCUUUAAGCUCCACACCGUCUGAGUCUCCGCGGGCAACACAGGCGACCUCCCGCCUUUCCACCGCUUCAUGCCCAACACCCAAGGUCCAGUCACGGUGCGGCAGCAACGAGAACAUCCUCAGAGCCAGCCACAGUGCAGUGGACAUCAGCAAGGUGGCCCGUCGUCACCGCAUGUCACCGUUUCCUUUGACCUCAAUGGACAAGGCCUUCAUUACUGUCCUGGAGAUGACACCUAUUCUAGGGAUCGAAGUCAUUAACUACAGAGACGGUUUAGGUCGAGUGCUUGCUCAGGACAUCUAUGCCAAAGACAACCUUCCUCCAUUUCCUGCCUCGGUCAAAGACGGUUAUGCUGUACGAGCUGCUGAUGGUCCAGGGGAUCGUUUCAUUAUGGGAGAGUCACAGGCUGGACAGCAGCCUACUCACACUGUAAUGCCGGGUCAAGUGAUGAGGGUUACCACUGGUGCUCCAAUCCCAUGUGGAGCAGAUGCUGUGGUCCAGGUGGAAGAUACUGAACUACUGAGGGAGUCUGAAGAUGUAAGUUCAACUUUCCACGUUUUGUGUCCGCAGUUGGUCUUGAUGUCCGCUGUCUUUCAGGGAACAGAAGAGUUGGAAGUUAGGAUUAUGGUCCAGGCCCGACCCGGUCAGGACAUCCGACCGAUUGGUCAUGACAUCCGGCGAGGAGAGUGUGUGCUGGCCAAAGGUACACACAUGGGUCCAUCAGAGAUCGGUCUGCUUGCCACAGUGGGGGUGACUGAAGUGAGCGUGCACAAGUUCCCCGUUGUGGCUGUUAUGUCCACUGGAAAUGAGCUGCUGAAUCCAGAGGACGACCUCCACCCUGGGAAGAUCCGGGACUCCAACCGCUCCACUUUGUUGGCCACGAUCCAAGAGCAUGGGUACCCCACCAUCAAUUUGGGCAUUGUUGGAGACAACCCCGACGACCUACUGUCGGCUCUCCAUGAAGGAAUCAGUCGUGCUGAUGUCAUCAUCACUUCAGGGGGCGUGUCCAUGGGAGAGAAGGACUACCUGAAGCAGGUGCUCGACAUUGACCUUCAUGCUCAAAUCCACUUUGGGCGAGUUUUCAUGAAGCCAGGUCUUCCCACAACUUUUGCCACAGUUGACAUCGAUGGAGCACGAAAACUCAUCUUUGCUCUGCCAGGUAACCCAGUGUCUGCAGUGGUGACAUGUAAUCUGUUUGUGAUCCCUGCUUUGAGGAAGAUGCAAGGCAUCCUGGACCCCAGACCGACAAUAAUUAAAGCUAGGCUUUCCUGUGAUGUCAAGCUGGAUCCCAGGCCGGAAUAUCACCGCUGUAUCCUAACCUGGCAUCACCAGGAGCCACUGCCCUGGGCACAAAGCACAGGUAACCAGGUGUCCAGCAGGCUCAUGUCCAUGCGUAGCGCCAACGGCCUGCUUAUGUUGCCGCCUAAAACGGAGCAAUACGUGGAGCUGCAUAAGGGAGAAGUUGUGGACGUCAUGGUCAUUGGGCGGCUAUGAUGCAGAUUUCAGUGUCACUCGCUACAGAUUGCCAUGGCAGUGCCAGGUCUUCCUGUCUGGACAGAAAACGGGAGGGGGCAGGAAGGGAUGCAUGUCUACCUGGUCACCAUUUGCUGUGAUGUCAUAUGCAACAGCCAAUCGGAGCCAGCUGAGGCUGAAUUGGUCUGCUUUGAGGAGAACACUGUAUUACAAUGGAGAAAAAUAAUCUAUAAAUAUGAGAUUUAUUCUGUAAUAUUAUUAAUAUUAUCCUGGUGAUUAUAAUUAUUCUUAAUUAAUAUUCUAUUAUUAUUAUUAUCAUUAUCAUUACGUUCAUGUUUCUGAUUGAAUAUCACUUAGUAGUUACCGUCCUCUUUCCUGUUCAUUUGCUUUGUGCAUCCACCCUUUCUCCUCUAUAGAUGUAGAAAUAUAAAGAGACUCUUUCUUCCCCUUUCUCUCCUGCAUCCACGACGUAGGUAUAGAAACUCCAUCCUGUAAUAUCACUUCUCCCUCUCCUAUAAUACACAUCAGGCUUUCUCUACUGUAUGAACUGAUCAGAAGACACUUUGUAUUUGUAUGUUUGUGUUGGGGUAUAAGCGACCAACACCAUCAUGAUUCUCAACGAAAGCCAUGAAACUCUUCAAGGCGUCAAAUAUAAACAUGACCUCAAACAUCCGAAGUCUUAUUGAAUCAGCUGACCCUGCUUUCAAGUCAUUGACUGUAUAUGAGACUGGAGGCUGCACCUCUUGGCGGCAAUGGUCGGUAACAGCUUUGAACAGAAUUCAAGGCGAACAGUGUCACACUCCUCACCAUGAUGAGAUGUAAAACUGACAAUCAAAGGAUGAAACGUAGUUCUUCAGUGCUCUUUGUGAGCGAGCAGAAGCCCAAUUGUGUCAGUGUUGCUGUUGCACUUUAUUACGAUGCAUAGCUGAAUUCAAACGGACGUUUAACCACUGGAAAUGAAGGAACCAUCUCUCUUUUCCCAUGAGCCCCUUCAAAUGUGACAUGAAUUUGCCUUGACACCAUAUAUACAGUCAAUGAUUUAGGUGGUGACUUACCUACGUGUCCUAGUGACUGCACCGCGCUCACUGCCAGUGGCGGCUGCGAGCUCCACUCUGGUUCUGGAUUUCAGGACGCCGAUUGGUUCAAAUCCUGUUGCCAUGUGAGUGUUUCAUGUCAGUGUUUUGUGAAGAACAGGGCACUUUCCCCCCCAAAUAUAAUCACUAUCUUAUAGGUUAUAUUUUAUUCUAAACCCGCUCCCACCAGUGGGGCCUUCACUGGUCAGCCGCCACUGGCCACUGCUGUAUCUCGGUUUGUCUGUCUAUUAUUUAUUUAUAUCAAAGAUGGCUCUGCUUUAGUUGAUCUGAAUGGCCGUGAUGAUGUCACCGGGAUGAUCUCAGACUGGACGAGUUUUGUUUCUAGAUAUAGAUGUUAGCGGGUAUUGAAGUGCUGUGCUUACCUCAGCUCUGGAGUUGAAGCACAUCUUUUUGUUGUGACGCUCCUCAGAUCUUUGUCUGAGAAAACUUCCACCCUCAAUGUUAAGCGUAUCGGUAACGUGAAUCCCUCAGUUACUCAUGCGCACAAAUACCAGUUACAGCAUUAUUACCAGUGUAAUAAUGAUUUGAAGUGCAGCAAGCUAGCCACGAUUCUGAUCCUGAUUUACAGUUGAACACUUAGUCAGUGGUCCUCAACCACUACUGUGUGCGCAAAUGUGCCCACGGAACAAAGAGGGGAGCUGAUAUGGUCAAGUGAGUCCCAUUAGCUUUUCCAACCAUAAACCGGCAUGACUUGGACCGACUUAAAUAAAUGAAAUUAAACACAAUUUCUAAGUUAAUCCCUUGAUUUUUAUUAAUUUAUUUGUGUGUUUUUGUACCCAAUAGAAGGGACUAUAAAACACAUCCAACUGGAGUUGGGGUCGCACAAAGGGGCCUCUUCGGUAGAGGUGGUUAGUAUAUCAGCAAGUCCAUCGAGCUACUAUAGUUUGCACACCUACUGCCGUCAUUGCACACCCUACGACUUUAAGGAAGACUGUUCUCCAUUAUAUAAUAGAUCUGGGAAAACUUGUCUAGGUCAUUUUAUAACAUGAAAGCUGCUAAUUUUGCUCCCUGUUCUGUAUCGUCACCACAUGAAAGCAGGGUGUUGCAUUCAGGUGCUACCACAACAGUGUUAAGGUGCUUAUAUAUAUGUGUGUAUAUAUAUAUAUGU